AUGUGGCCUCAUCUUCUACUGCUUCUGCUGCCCUACGCAUUCCACUCGGCAUCAGCAACAACACUCGACGACAAGCCCGACGUGGAUGCCUUGCUGGAUGGUAAACUGCCCUCUGACUUGGGGGAUCACAUCCCGCACCUCAUGGGCCUGUUCCUCGGGUUGAACAGCUUUACAGGAAGCCUUCCAGCUUCUCUUGUCAAUGCAACUCAGAUAAGGUUUCUCGACAUCUCCUUCAACAACAUCACCGGAACAGUUCCUCCUGAGAUUGGAAUGCUCUGCCCAGAAGUCCUCAAUUUUAAGAGUAAUCAGCUAAUGGCAACCACUGCUCAGGACUGGGAGUUUAUGACAUUCCUCACAAACUGCACACGCCUCAGGUUCCUUAGCAUCCAGGCCAACAUGCUAGGUGGCAUGCUGCCAAGCUCAGUUGGCAACCUAUCAGCACAUCUCCAACAAUUUAUUUUUGGAUUUAAUAAAAUUUCUGGCAAAUUACCAUUUGGAAUAAGCAAUCUUGUCGGACUAAAUGUGUUGGACUUCCCUCACAACCAACUUACUGGUGUCUUGCCUGACAGCAUCGGAAGGCUAAAUUUGCUUCAGCAAUUGUAUUUCAAUAAUAAUCAAUUUUCAGGGUCCAUGCCAUCCUCCCUCGGGAACUUGACACGGCUACUAGUUCUUUCAGCCGGUAGCAAUAAGUUUAAGGGGGCCCUUCCAACAGGCCUAGGGAACCUCCAGGAGAUAACUGAAGCAGACUUUUCAAACAAUAAGUUUUCAGGUACAUUGCCAAAAGAGAUAUUUAACCUAUCAACCCUAUCAAAUACACUGGAUUUGUCAAACAACUUUUUGGUUGGUUCUCUUCCACCUGAAGUUGGCAGUCUGACAAAGCUUACAUACAUGUAUGUAUCCAUGAACAACUUAUCAGGACCACUACCUGAUACACUUAGCUAUUGCCAAAGCUUGAUAGAGCUCAAGUUGGACCAAAACUACUUCAAUAGUACCAUUCCCUCGUCUAUCAGCAAAAUGCAGGGCUUGACAUUUCUAAAUCUUUCCAAGAAUGCACUCUCUGGUGUGGUUCCUCAAGAGUUAGGACUCAUGGACGGUAUUCAAGAAUUGUAUCUUGCACACAACUACUUGUCUGGUCAUAUCCCUGAGAGCUUGCAAAACAUGGCAUCAUUGUAUCGGUUAGACUUGUCCUUCAAUAAUCUGGAUGGCAAAGUUCCAUCGCAGGGUGUGUUCAGUAAUGUGACUGGAUUUUUGUUUGAAGGGAAUUCGAGGCUUUGUGGUUGUAACUCAGAAUUACGGUUGCCCCCAUGCCCGCCGCUGGAAUCAAUGGAACACAAGAAGAAACGCCAUUUCAUUAUCGCAAUAGCUAUCCCAAUUGUUGGCGCAAUUCUAUGCUUGAGUGUGAUGCUUGUGUUCUUCACAAGGAGAAAGGAAACAAAAGCUCAAUCCACAUCCACAAGUGGAUUCCAAUUGAUGGGUGACAAUUAUCCAAGAGUUACUUAUGUUGAACUGGCCCAGGGAACAGGUGGCUUUGCCACAGCCAAUUUGAUUGGUAGAGGAAUGCAUGGAUCAGUGUAUAAGUGUCAUUUAUUGCUGAACAACAUGAUGACCACCGUAGCGGUGAAGGUUUUUGAUCUCCAACAGACUGGUUGUUCCAAAAGCUUUUUAGCUGAGUGUGAGGCACUUAGUAAGGUUCGCCAUCGUAAUUUGAUCAGUGUCAUAACUUGCUGCUCAAGCUCUGACUCAAGCCAAAACGACUUCAAAGCUCUUGUGUUCGAGUUCAUGCCCAAUGGGAACCUGGACAGCUGGUUACAUCCGGAUGUACAUGAUGCAUCACGGCAACUGCAAGGAUUGACAUUGAUGCAGAGAUUAAAUAUUGCAGUCGAUAUUGCGGAUGCACUAGAUUAUUUACACAACAACUGGGAACCGCCAAUAGUUCACUGUGACCUGAAGCCAAGCAACAUUCUUCUCAAUGAGGAUUUAGUUGCUCAUGUUGGAAACUUUGGCCUUGCAAAGAUUCUUUCCGAACCAGCAGCCGAGCAACUGAUUAACUCAAAGAGCUCGAAUGGAAUAAGAGGAACAAUUGGCUACGUCGCUCCAGAAUAUGGUGAAGGCGGUCAAGUUUCUUCACGUGGGGACGUAUACAGCUUUGGGUGUGCCAUCCUCGAGUUGUUUAUAGGCAAGGCACCUACUCAUGACAUGUUCAGGGACGGGUUGACCUUGCAAAAACAUGCCAAGGAUGCAUUUCCAGGGAUGCUGAUGCAGAUCGUCGAUCCAGUCCUACUGUCCAUUGAAGAAGCUAGUGCCAGUAGUUUGCUGGAUGGAAGCAACACAAUGGAACAUACCAGCAAUGCCAUGUUCUCUGUCAUAGAGGUUGCCCUGUCAUGCAGCAAGCAUGCACCCACCAAGAGAAUGUGCAUAGGAGAUGCAGCUGCUGCAAUUCACAGGAUAAGGGAUAGCUAUGUUAGAAUAACACAAAAGGAGUAA